UUAAUUGCAUCCUAUGCAAAUGAAAUUUGUGGUUAAAGAUCGAAUGGUUAUCUUUGUGUGAACUAUACAAAAAUUUGUGUUAAAAGUUGGAGUACUAGUCAAGCAUGAAAAUCAAUAGCCUCCUUUAGUUUGUGUGGUGAAGCUUAUCCUCUAACGUUAUACCCAAAUUAAAAAUGAGGAGAUAUUUUAUACUAGUUGUUUCCAUUUAUACACUCAAUUCUACAUUUCCUAGUUGACAAAAACCAAAGUAACAAUGGAUCUUAUCUGGUAUGCUCUUCUAAUUCCUCUGUUUUUCUUCCUUCAUAAAUGCUUCUUUUCUACUUCAAAUAAGUUACCACCAUCUCCAACAAAGCUUCCAAUCAUAGGCAAUCUCCAUCAACUUGGAUCGCUUCCUCAUCGUUCUCUCCAUCAACUAUCAAAAAAAUAUGGCCCUGUCAUGCUACUGCACUUUGGCAGUAAGCCAGUGAUUGUUGCUUCCUCUGUAGAUGCUGCUCGCAAUAUCAUGAAAACACACGAUCUCGUUUGGUCAAAUAGACCUAAAUCUAGCAUCGCUGAUAGACUCUUUUAUGGCUCUAAGGAUGUGGCCUUUAGUCCCUAUGGUGAAUACUGGAGACAAAUUAAAAGUGUCACCGUGCUUCACCUUCUCAGCAACAAAAGAGUCCAAUCUUAUCGUGAUAUCAGAGAAGAAGAGACAUCGAAUAUGAUUGUAAAAAUCAGACAAGAGUGUGAGUCUAAUUCUUCGAGUUCAGUGAUAGAUUUAAGAGAUUGUUUAAGUUCUCUCACCAAUAACAUAGUUAGCAGAGUGGCCUUAGGGAGGAAAUAUAAUGAAGAAGGACAAGGAGGAAUGAAUGCUAAGGUCACUCUACAUGAAUUUGGUGAACUUUUGGGUACUUUUAGCAUUGGGGAUUACAUUCCAUGGCUUGAAUGGAUCAGUAAAAUCAACGGUUUGGCCAACAAAGUGGAGAAAGUAGCUAAAGAGUUGGAUACAUUUUUGGAGAGUGUGAUUGAAGAACACGUUAGUAGGAAAAACAAAGGAGAAGACAGCACGGGUGAAGCUAAAGACUUUGUAGACGUUUUGUUGGAAAUUCAGAAUGGAAAGGAAACUGGAUUUCUUCUUCAAAGGGAUUCAUUGAAAGCUAUCAUCUUGGAUAAUUUUGCUGCUGGUGUGGAUACAACAUAUACAGCUUUAGAGUGGAUAAUGACAGAGCUUUUAAGGCAUCCAAGAGUUAUGAAAAAAUUAGAAGAUGAAGUGCGAGAAUUAGGCCAAGGGAAAACAGAGAUAACAGAGGAUGACUUAAGAAAUAUGCACUAUCUUAAAGCAGUGAUCAAAGAGACUCUCAGGCUUCAUCCACCCAUUCCACUACUAAUUCCUCGAGAAUCAACAGAAGACAUUGAAUUACUUGGCUAUCACAUACCUGCAAAAACUCAAGUUAUUAUCAACGCAUGGGCAAUUGGAAGAGACCCGUUGUCAUGGGAUGAUCCAGAGGAGUACCGACCAGAGAGGUUCUUAAACAGUAAUAUUGAUGUAAAAGGAUUAAACUUUGAGUUGAUUCCGUUUGGAGCAGGGAGAAGGGGCUGCCCAGGAACUGGUUUUGCUAUUGUGGUAAUUGAGCUAGCAUUAGCAAGACUUGUGCACAAGUUCAAUUUCUCAUUACCGGAGGAGUUGGAUAUGACCGAAGCCAGUGGUGUCGCUGUUCGUAGGAAAUCACCUCUGCUAGCGUUGGCAACUCCAUACUCUACUUAUUAUUAGGAGCUUUUUUUUCUAUCCAUUUAUACUGCUUUAUUUCCCUCGCUAGUAGUUCUCACCUUUUUUUCUCCUUUAGUAAGUCGAACCUAUAUACUUUUAUAUAUUAUUAUGCAGAUCACAAACUCCCUUUCUUAGGUGUUUUAUA